AUGGAGUACAUGGGAAGCAAUAUAACAUACAACAAAGACAUAUACAGUGAGUUUAAGUACUACUGUGAACAGCAUGAGAUUGAAGUAAUGAGUAAAGGAGACUUUGAAACGCUUAUGAAAGACAGUAAGGAGGUCGUUCAUGAGAACAGUGUUGAAAUAGUUCAUGAGAACAGUGAGGAGGUCAUACAUGAGAACAGUGAUGAAAUAGUUCAUGAGAACAGUGAGGAGGUCAUACAUGAGAACAGUGAUGAAAUAGUUCAUGAGAACAGUGAGGAGGUCAUACAUGAAUGCAAUGAUGAAAUAGUUCAUGAGAACAGUGAGGAGGUCAUACAUGAGAACAGUGAUGAAAUAGUUCAUGAUGUCGUUCGUGAAGAAGCCAUUGCAACAAAGAAUAAUAUAAAGGAUUUCAUAGAACUUAACAAGGAGGAGUUUAAAGAAGGCUAUGAAGUGAAAAGAUGUGAAGAAGAUUUCUUGGCGUAUUUGAAGAAAAAGAGACUAAAGCCAAUGGCUCAAAAUAAGUUUCAAUCGAUGUUUGAAAAGAAACGUUUGAGCUAUGGUGGUGUAAGAAGCACAUAUUACUUUGUUAAGAAGUGA